CACAUUCUCAAUACACUGAACGCCUUGAAGACCAGUGCUCUCUACUCGCCAGCCUCCUACACAGCUUCCUCACGCGCGAGACCUCGCCUCGCUGCUCACCGCGGCGCCGCGGGCAAUCUUGACGUUUCUCCGCUUCGUCGCCGGCUGCCUCGACCGGUCUGCGUGGUGUCCCGCCAGAGAAUAUUCCAGCGUCGUAGAGUAUCCACCGCCGUGCAUCUGCCGCACUGCAAAGACAUCCAGCAGCUCACCUAGUCCACCAGUCGAGCGAAUACAGACGUAGUGAAGCCGUCCGCCACACUGUGCAGCUCGGUCUCGACCUCUAGCCACCCCUCACUAUGCCCUGCUUCCAUGGCCUGGCGGUGAGCAUCCACACUCCCGAUGGACCGCUCCCGGAGUACUCUAUCCAAAAGCAGACCAAGUUCCAUCGUAUAACCUCGUACAUCCCCGUCCCACCGGCCAAGAUUCCAUCCGGCUCCACCACCAACAAGCCCGAGCAAUCUACCUUUGCCAUAUCUAUCACGCUCUUGACGCCCGGUCUCCAUGUACCGUACUCCACCCCCAAGCCGACGCCCGACGAUGCUAGCCCGCGACCUAAGGUUGUAGGCAACCUGCCUGGAUUUGCGAGCAGCGAGCGAGGAAAGAAUGGCGCCGUGAUUGGACCCUACAUACCUCUCACCUCGUCCACCAACGAGACCAUCGCCGCCUACAUAUACUUCGAUGGUCGUGCAAAGGAAGAGGUCGCUACGCUGCUCCGGAGAGGAGAGGAGACAUGGGUUAAUUCGCGAUGGGUUAGUGUACCUCAAGCAGAGGGCGGAGGCCUUGCAGAGCGAGAGUUCCUCUUCCGCGAAGUAGGUCUCGAGCGAUGGCUAAACGGCCUUGACUUGGAGGGCAAAGAUGUUGCCGCGCGGAUAGAGCGGAGAAAGCAACGCCUAGAAAAAAAGCGUAGGAAGAAGCGGGAACAACUGGGCAGCGAUGACGAGGAUGAAGACGGUAUGAAGACUUCGCGCUCUCUCAAGAACGGUGUUCUCCGCUACGGCGAUGACAAGAAUGCGCCGGUCGAGACUCUAUCGGGAGAUGAAGGACUGUUCACAUCGGACUCUGACUCCGAAGAUGAACCUCCUACGCCCGAAGCCGCUGGCCAGAUCAAAGUCGCCCUAUUCCGGGUGCUCGCGUCCGGCGAGAUCAAGCGAGGAGAGUAUUCGCCUCAAUACGAUGCACACGACGACGAUGAGAACACGACACAAAAUGGUAGCUCUGGAGACGGCGAUGGCGAUAUCGACCACACCACAAGCUUCGCGAAACCCAAGACUUUGGACCCCAAGUCGAUCAGCACCCAGACGGUAACAGGCAUUGAUCCCCCAGACAAGCCAUAUGCUGUCUUUACGUUCUUGUAUAGAGGCGAGCGCCAACUGAGGAAGAUGGGCAUACUGUCCACCCCUCCAUUAGAACAAAAGACGCCAGCUAGCGCGAAGCGGAAAUCCCAAGGUUUAGACUUUGCCAGCUUGAAGCCGCUGGCACCAACAGGCACAAAAGGGUUCCAGAACUAUCGCGAUUCUGCCGAGACUAUAUCGACGCCUUUCAAGCCUGCAACUAACAAGAAGAAAGAUACGGACACCAUGGAUAGUGAUUCCGAAGACGAAGAGGAGGAAACGAAAAUCAAGGAAGAAGAGCUUGAUGAUGCUGACGACGUGAAGCCCGGCAGCAAGGCCCUGCUGUCGCCUGAGGAUGCGUUGUCAGAAGCACAAAUUGAAGAGGGUUUGCGCAAGGUCAAGCUUAAACGCCAACAUUCCGCUGAGCCCCUGAACUCACCGUCUCCAACUCGCAAGUCACCCGCCUCGAACAGCCCGCUGGGCGGUACUCCAGCCCCCAGCAGUCUUUCUACGACCGCUACUGCCUCUAUUCCUUCAUUGAAGCCAUCCACGUCCGCGUCGGCAGCUCAAUCAUCUCUGGCAUCUGGCAUAUCGCCCGAAUCUAUCAUCGGAAGCCCGUUCAAGAAACACCGGGCCAGCCUACAAGGGUUCGAAGACAGCUCCCGAAAGAGUAUCGGGCUCGAUCUGCUGGCUUCCAGCUCCUCGUCCAAGGAUACCAAGGCCACCGGUUUCAACAGCAUCAAGGGGGAAAUGGACGAGGACGAGGAGUUGUGACUAUGGCAGAUUGGCCUGCAACGAGCACUUGGAUAAGUCCUGCAUGAGCGUUAGACAUGAUCGAACACAUUUGGAUUUUGUUCACUGGGCGUUUCGAUUCCAUGGGGCUAGCUGAGCUGGAGGCUAUGGGGCUAUGGGUCUACUCCAUUGGAGCAGUAC